AUGUCGGGUGAUGGAGUGGGUGAAGUUGUGUCGGAUGGGCUGGUGCCGGGUGAUGGAGUGAGUGAAGUUGUGUCGGACGGGCUGGUGUCGGGUGAUGGAGUGGGUGAAGUUGUGUCGGAUGGGCUGGUGUCGGGUGAUGGAGUGGGUGAAGUUGUGUCGGAUGGGCUGGUGUCGGGUGAUGGAGUGGGUGAAGUUGUGUCGGAUGGGCUGGUGUCGGGUGAUGGAGUGGGUGAAGUUGUGUCGGGUGGGCUGGUGUCGGGUGAUGGAGUGGGUGAAGUUGUGUCGGGUGGGCUGGUGUCGGGUGUUGGAAUGGUUGAAGUUGUUUCGGAUAAGCUGGUGUCAGGCGAUCGAGUGGGUGAAGUUGUGUCGGAUUGGCUGGUGUCGGGUGUGGAGUGGGUGAAGCUGUGUCUGGAGUGGGUGAAGUUGUGUCAAUGGGCUGAUGUCGGGUGUUGGAGUGGGUGA